UAUCUUUCAGAUUAUGGCAUAACUACGAGAUAAACGAGCAGUGAUGGAAUCACUGGACACCGAGGUGAAAGUAAGGAAGACUCUAGGGACUGUUGAGUAUGUAGAGUCCUCUGGUUUUGCCCAGGGAAUGCUGCCCACGAAGAAGGAUGUGGUUCAGAACAUGCUGUAUUUGCUACAGCCCAAAAGAGCUGGCCAAGCCCAGCGGUCCAAAGAGGAUGCGGCCCAGUUGCUCGCCGAACACCUGCAAGAGCACUGGUUGUUUUGCAACUUGCAUACCAUUGCAACAAAAAACAUAAAGAAAAUUAUCCUCAAAAUGUAUGAGGAGUUCACCAAAUUGUAUCAGACCAGAAAGCAGAGACAAAACGAGGCUUUUACAGAGAGAGCAGACAGAUUCAACGAGAGUUCGGAUAAGCUCUUUGACAUAUUUUGUACAGACACACCGACAAGAAAUAAACUGGAGGAGUACAGUGGGAUAAAAAUGACUGGCACUGAGUGGAAAUUUCUUGAAGAUCAAAGAAGUGAAAGAAAAAUGUACUAUGAAGAUUGCACAGACAAGCAAGAAUUGCAGAUGAUGGAAAGAAGACGAAAGAUACAAUGCUUAGAGCACUUCAGAAAACUCGCCAAGGAGGAAAAGGAAGGAAACAAAGCAAAGGAAACGACGUAUAAAUGCGAUGAGCAGUCCGACGAAGGCACGAGUGUGGACGAAUCCUAUCCUGCGGAGGAAGAGAACGGAGGGGCUCCAGGCUUUUCGCUGAGGAGCAGAAGAAAGCGCCGGUGCACCGCGUGGUCCUCCAGUCCAGCGACUCCUGCUAGCGAUGCCAUGCCCCUGGAGUGCCAGCAUAUACGGAUGAGCAUAAGGAGAGUUAGGCCUGGGUUCUACGAAACUGUGGACAAGGUCAAAAACUGCUAGCGCAUGCCGUCGUCGGCAAGCAGAGCUGCUGGAGUACGAGGUGGCGAUACACACUUUAGGCAAGUUUGAAACCCCACAAUCGAUUGGAAGUGAUUGCUGUAGAUCCCCAGCCAGAGCUCAGGAACGUCCUGCCUCCGGGGAAGAGCGCUGGGAUGACAGCAGCGGUGGCAAGGACUAAAGCACACGAACUCGGAAGGCUAAGUGGUCAUCAGCUAAUGAUUUGAAGGCUCAAACACAGCCGAUGAUCUAAGGUUAUGUAGCGUGUAAGCCUCUUCACCCAAGGUUCUGUCUACGCGAGUGUGUUUUCAGAAGUCUCUCACCAUUUCUGAGCCAGUGGUGGCCUAAUACUAUAAAACAGGACUCUCUUUUACUGCAGGGAAAUAACUUGGACUUGUUGCUAAUGUAAAAUUCAUGUACUGAAGAGCCAUUAACUCCAGCUAAUUUCACUGGGAGUGAAAGGUGUUCAGCCCCUUUCAGAAUUUGCUGUUUCUGUGAGGAAGAAAGCUAGUUUUUUAGCUUGCAUUACCCAGUCUUGGAGAUGCAUUCUGUGAUUUUUGUUAAUGGAUUGCUCUCUUGCUUGCGAAGGGAGAAAUGGGAGAGAGAGAGAGAGAGAGAGAAGAGAUGAGAUGAGAUGAGAUGUUUGAGUGCUUUGGCUGUAAAAGUGUUGCUGAUUCCGAAUGUUUUAUUUUGCGCAGUGACGUUUCCUUGAUCAGGAUAAACCCUCCCAUAACCUGAUGAUUCUUAACAUGAAAUCUGUAAUCUAGGAACUGAGAGGUGUGAACCCUAAAUGAAGUGGUCAUGUUUUAUUUGCCAUGGGGGUAAGGUGGAUGGAGGGAUGCAAAUGGCGUUGUUUAGUCUGGAAUGGGAAGAACUUUAUAAGCCGUUAUCCUGCCUUCUUAGGAUAUAGGGAAGAAAAAGCCUUCCCAAGAAUGAGUAGCUGAGGUGUUUGCAGCAAGAGGCUUCUAAAUCUGGGCUUGCCUUUCCACCCCGUGUAGGUCCAUUCAGACAGCAGGUAGUUUUCCAGCAGGAGUUUGUUUGAGCAGAGUGUAACCCUCUUGCCCUUGUAUGUACUUAACCAGUGGCAUGUCUGUGACUUUAGAUCCGUGCAGCACAAGGGUAUCUGCCAUGUUUAGUUAGAGUUGCUUUACUGGUCUUUAAAGAUGAGAGACUUGAACUUUCUGUGAAAGCCAGUGCUGGAGAUCUCUCUGGUGAGCUUCCCAAACCUUGCCAGAGUACACUAGAAAUAAAUAAAGCAAGUCUCUAGUUGUCCCUAGAGGUACUCUGGUAGAAAGAGCUCAAACUUGCCUAGUUUUCCAAUUUACCUUUCAGUGUGAACAUUGGUUUCCCCACUCCAGUAUCUCAGCUCCUCCCUGUUUCUUACCUCUACACAUCCUGCAUAUCAUUUUACUGACAUUAACUUGUGCUGUUUCAUUCUUUGGCUUUUGCUCCCUUUAACAAUAAAUGCAUGUACAAAUAAUUUUGACAGCUCCUGUAACUUUAAUGAAUCAGUUCUUGGACCGCUUUGAAGUCCUAUGCCAAAGGAGGAAUGAAACGCAAAGUAGCUGCUGUUCAAAUUCAGAUGAAACAGAGCUAGCAAGCACAGGAGGCAGCAGCCCCGGCCUCGCUGCUUAGUCAGGCUCCAGCGUAUCUCCCUGCUGUCCCUCCGCCUAAGGACUGAUCUGUCCGGCCCUGAGCGAAACAUCGGCCUCCCAGCGAACUUGCUCAUAAGUAAUUGCUGGGAUCCUUGUUCUGUGUCACUGAGAAGUUCUUCACGGUAAGUUGCUCCAAAAUAUUUAGUGUGUUCUGCAUCACUCUUACUUAGUGUCGUUUCAGGUUUAAUAAGACGCACCCCCGUUCUGCAACACCCUUCAACCUCCUCUGCUUGAGAGUUCACAGCCCUCUUCUCUCCUCCUCUCUCUGACACGCUUCACUGACUUCCCCUUGCAAAUUAUGUCACGUUUAAACUAUUUGCCUUCCAGCCCUGAGAUGCUGGACUUGAGCCUCUCACUGGGCUUUUACACCAGCAGCUCUGUUUCCGCAGGGAAUAUAGCCAAGCUCCGACCUCGCAGAAGUAGAAUUUUUUAAUAACUGCUGUAAAAUCCCCUUUGUAUUGCAAAUAUAGCUGACGAUAUAAAUGCUAGUGUGCAAAGUAAAUCCGGCAGGAUUGACUAGAAUAUGGAACACAGCUGUGCCGUGCUUUAUGAUAUUCAGGGAUUCAGGGAAUUUAAGGUUGUCAGAUCUGACUUCCUGUGCACCGCAGGCAAUUACAUUUCAUUCAGCAGCCCCAUGCUCAGCCUAGUAGUUUCAGUUUAGCAGACGUGCAUCUUACAGAAAGUCUUGAGCUGAAGAUGUCAGAAGCCGGGCAGUCUGCUGUCUUCCUCAGUUAAGCACUUAAUGGUUUGUCACCUUUGUUGUUUUAAGAGAAAUUGUGACCAUCUUUCAGGCUGUGGUUCUUUUUAUGCCAUCCUGUACAGGCUGAGCAGUGUUUGUUGCGUUUAAAUCAUGUUUUGUUUUUUUGUUUUAUUUUUUAACCGGGUUUGAUGACUGUGGAUAGAGCCACAGCCUGGCUCCGUUUCUGCUGCAACAGGGGGAAAAUUUCUAAAUGAUGUAUUCUGAUUGCUCUUCUUUGGGACCAUGGUGCCUUUUUAAUCAGGACAGUAAAACUUGUCCCAGGACUCUGUACUUUUGUACGUUAACAGUUGUUGACUUUCCUUUUUCGGUGUGUCCCAAAUAAAUUAAUAUAACAUA